GCUUCCUGAUUUAUUUUACAGGUUAUCCACCAUGAAUGAACCAGCUUGUAGUGGAAAUGGGCAAGACUUUGAUGUAUUUAGUGUAAUGGAUUGGAAAGAUGGAAUUGGUACCUUGCCUGGAAGCGAUUUGAAGUUUUGUGUGAAUGAAUUUGGUGCUCUAGAAGUAAUCACCGAUGUAACAGAGAUGGAAAGUGUUAAGAAGGCUACAGCUACCACAACUUGGAUGGUGCCAACUGUCCAGGAAGUUCCAUAUUCACUGCUUUCUUUCUUCUGUGUAGCAUUCUCAGAAAAAACAGACGUACCACCAAAAUUGAAGGAAACUGCCAAGUCAGAUGGGCUUCAUUUUUGUGAAAAUUGUUUUCAGUCUGGAACAUCAGUGGAGUUUGUAGCUGGAGAAAGAACUUGCAGCCAAAAAUGUGCCCAUCUGUUUAAAAACAAGGAAUCAAAGGAGGAAAAAGAAGUGUCCGAAUGCAGUGAUGAAGACUAUUCUAAGGGCAUUCAAAAGAGAAAAAGCAAAUUGCCAUCCAAAGGAGAGGUUAUUGAAGAAAAGGAUAAAGACAAGGAAACAGAAGAGAACUCUGAAGGAAGAAUACUGAGAGUAUCUCAAAGAGCCACAAGGAAAAGGAAACGAGAGGUGGCAAUUUUAAAACAAACUUUAAUGUCAAAGGGAAAGAAAGCGUGGAGUUGGUCUUCAUAUUUGGAAGAAGAAAAGGCUACAGCAGCACCUCCUAAGAUUUUUAAAGAGUACCAGUCCUUGCCAUACAACAAAAAUGGAUUCAAAGUUGGAAUGAAACUAGAAGGAGUGGAUCCUGAGCAUCAGUCAAUGUACUGUGUGCUUACAGUAGGAGAGAUUUGUGGCUACAGAAUUCGACUUCAUUUUGAUGAAUAUCCAGACUGUUACGAUUUUUGGCUGAAUGCUGAUUCUUCAGAUAUUCACCCUGUUGGGUGGUGUGAGAAAACCGGGCAUAAGCUUCAUCCACCAAAAGGUUAUAAAGAAGAUGAAUUUAAUUGGCCUGCAUAUCUGAAGAAAUGUAAAGCUCAAGCUGCUCCUAAAUCCUUGUUUGAAAACCAAAACACAACUGUGAUCCCAUCAGGAUUUCGAGUAGGGAUGAAGCUUGAAGCAGUAGACAAAAAGAACCCUGCUUUCAUAUGUGUUGCUACAGUAACUGACAUUGUGGACAACCGUUUCCUGGUUCAUUUUGACAACUGGGAUGAAAGCUAUGACUACUGGUGUGAAGCAGCUAGUCCACAUAUUCAUCCCGUUGGAUGGUGUAAAGAACAUAGGAAAACACUUGUAAUUCCUCCAG